UGCAAUGAUAAUAUCGCCGAUAAUCUGGUCAUACAUUUGCUGUCAAUCAUUGAGCAAAUGGUUCCGCUGUUCACGGAUUGCACCGAUAAAGUGGAGCAGACCGUGGGUUCAUUGAUCAACAUUUAUAGGUCUUCGGCGAAAAGGGAUGCCAUUCGCCAGAAAUACUUAAUCACGACGACUGUCAUAAUUACCUAUCAUUCAGAAAUGGCUCUACUCGAGUUCGCCUACAAUCGCCGGCAACUGGAAAGGGAUCAGUCGGUGGUAAUGAGCCCGCUGUUGAUGAGCGCCGGCGUCGCCACCGGCAAAGACAUCGCCCAUAUUGUCGACAGUUUGCCGACACUGACGCCCAUCCAGUUGUACCACACUCUGUGCCAACUGUUCGACGCGAUUCGGGCCCACAAGUACCCGGAGCUCCUGUCGCCCAUGAUAUUCAAGCCUUAUUUGUUACAAUUGAUAGUCAGCUGCGAAGUACACGCCUUUCAUUUGGCACUCGAGUUGUUAUUAUCGUUCGGUUUGGAACUGUUCUCGACGGUAGAGGAACGGCAACUGUUCCGGCAAUUAGUAGUCGUAGGCACACACCCCUCCCUACCCAUAGCGCAUCGCCUGCUGGUGUUGGACUUCACCAAAAGUAUUGUCACAAAACUCAAGUCGACGGCCGCGGCCGCCAUCGACUGGUCGGGCCUUCAGAUAACGAGUUUCGACGGACCCGACACUCAGGAGAAGAAACUCCAUAUACUUAACGAGAGUCCCAUUGAGAGCCAGAAUUUGUUGAUGAGUUUGAAGCCACUGAAGGCCCGGAGUCUGGAGUCCAACACCAGAGCCACGAAUUCCUUCUACCGGACGCUGCAUUCAAUUGUCUCCAAACGGCCGGACAUUAUGAAUGAAAUGCAAGACCUCUUGAUAUCUGUUAUAUUCAAAGCGCCCGACCCUAACAUUAAGAGAUCCAUUGCAUUGUUUAACGCAUACCCAGUGUUAGCGAAGGGAACGACACAUAAAUUGAUACAAAACUUAACGAAUCUGUCGGUAACCGAAACGUUCAAAUCGUUGCCGGAAUUCACGGCUUUCCUGACGGCUUUCGAGUGGACUUUCAAACAAAAAGACUUAGACUUAAGUGAAACACAAUUAGUAUUUCUGUUGACUAUUAUCCACAACAACAGUAAGCGGUGGCGGGAGUCGUGCGCUCAGGCGCUGGACUGUUGCACAGCUGUUCUCUAUCACCAGACAAUCAGCGUAUCCGUCAAACAGACACUCCUCCAGAGUCUUCAGUGGCUACUGAGCGACCGAAACAACGAUAUAUCGAUCACUAGUUUGGCGCAGAUCUACAUUUUGGCGUUGAAUACGUUGGCCGACGACGCGGACAUCAAACGCGUGUUCAAUACGACACACCUAUCCGACAGCGGCGACCGCGAUAUCAUGCAAGACCUGUCGGCCGACGCGCCCUUCACUAUAACCCGGGUAUCGACGGCUGAGUCGACGCGACGAAAGUUUACGUUAACGGAAAUGCCGUUCACUUUGGACAUCGAGUUCGAGGUCGACAUCAAAGAGCAAUUCAGGCGCCGAUUCGAUCGCGUGUUUUGUCUCAUACUGUCGUUCGACGCCAUCGGCGGUCAUAUCGCCGAAGAAUACGAGAUACCGAUCCUGAGGGCCGACGAGCGCCGGCCGGUGCGCCUCUCUUUGCGGUCGGCCGUACACAAGCCGUUCGAGUUGGCGGUGUCGGCGCUGUUCACGGACUCUGACGGCACGAACUAUCGCUGCCAACGGUUCCAGACGCACGCCAUUACGCUCCGGGAUAUACUGUUGCCGAUCGGCGUCGACCCCCGUCACGACCCCCCAAUCGGCCAACUCUGCCAAUCGGUGCUCAAACACCCGGACGCCAUGCAAACGGUGCUCUGCGUUCGCCAGUUCCGGUCGAUCGACGCCUUUUUGGCGCACUUUGAUUGGCUCAAGAGUUUCGUCAUCAACGACGACACUGUCGCUGGAGACGAGCGGCGGCUGAUCUGCGGUACGGCACCCGACCGGCUACUGGUGGCCGCCCUCAAGAUGGUCAACAAUUUUGUCAAUUUAUUCAUUUACACAAAUAGCUACGAAUUAUUGCCCACUAUUUACUACGAGUUGGUGCCCCACGACACUACCGGCGCUGCCAUUGACACACCAAACGGCACUAAUUUAUUGAUAGUUUAG